AUGGCUUCACAGAUGAUUGCGGUGAAUCCCGACAAACGGGAUGAUAUCUAUUACCGUUACAAGAUGCCUGCCGUGAUCACCAAGGUGGAGGGCAGUGGUAACGGUAUCAAGACUGUGAUCCCGAACAUCCAUGAUAUUUGCUUGGCGAUGAAUCGUCCUGAAAAGGUUCUCAUGAAGUUUUUACAGUUCGAGCUCGGCGCCCAGCUCUACGUUUCGGAGAAGGAUGACAAGUAUCUUCUCAUGGGUAGUCACUCCGCGGAGCGGAUGCAGGAUAAUAUCGACGACUUCAUUCGUAAGUUCGUUCUUUGCAAGCACUGUGGGAACCCGGAAACCGCGGUGGCGUUGGAGUCCUCGCGGAAGGAUCCGUCGGAUAUUUCGAUGGUCUGCGGGGCGUGCGGGAAGCGCAGCACGAUAGAACCGCAUCGCGUGUUGACGGUGAUGAGGCAGCAUUACAAGAAGUUUCCGGAGCUCUCCAAAGCCGCCAAGGGUGCCGCCGAAGCGCGGAAGAAAACCGAUCAAACCAGCACCGACGCCGCGGAGGCUGCUUCGGUCGCCAACCCUGUCGUUUCCUCCCCGAUCCACCGAAAGGAAACGCGAACCUUUGAAAAGUCGGAGCUGAAGGAUAAUCGUGAGAACGUUACCGAUGUGCUCGCCCGCGUGUUUAAGGAAUGUGGCGAGAACAAGGGGCUUCUGAUCGAACGUGUGGUACGGCUGAUGUCGGAGUACAACGUGAAGGAGACUCAAAUUCCUGCGUUUAUUUUGUUGAUGAUGGCGAGCUAUCACAGCGAGGAUUUGCUUUCCACGUUGAAGCGUUACUCGUUCUUACUGCGUCGUUUUAACACCGUGCCGGAGCUCUUUUCCAGCCAGGAAACUCACGACGAGAAGGGGCUCACUGAGCUACGCAACCGUGAAGCGAAAAUCCAAAAGAUGUUUAUUAAGCAGUGCCAGAUAACCUGCGCACAGAAUUACAACGCUGAUAAGCUAGCGGUGAUGCUUUUCUUGCUGUAUAUUGAAGGCGUAGUGAAGGAUACAAGCAUUAAGGCGUGGGCAACAUCGAAAAAAGAAUCGAAGCAGGUCGUUAGUCCCGAAUUAGAUUUGGAAAUGAAGCAGAAGGUAAUGCCGAUUCUUGAAUGGCUUGGGUUGAAUUGA